AAAGAAAAUUUCCUUGGCCGACGUAACAGCGCAAAAGAAUAUCUAUUCAGGAGCAAGAACAAUGGUCUCUAGCACGGACUGUCCCGUUUGCGGAGUGGCCGCCUCGCAGGCGUGCACCAGGUGCAAGAUGGUGCGCUACUGCGACCGGGAGCACCAGAAGCAGCACUGGCCGCAGCACAAGCGCAGCUGCAGGCCCUUCGCCGAGGCGGAGGAUACCGAGCUGGGCAGGUAUUUAAUGGCCACCCAGGACAUUGCUGCCGGCCAGAUAGUCUUCGUGGAGGAGCCCCUGGUGGUGGGGCCCAAGUGGUAUCCCUCCGACGCCGAGAAGGAGGCCUCCGUCGUUCCGUGCGUGGGCUGUUCCAUGCCCAGUCGCCUGGGCAAGCACCAGUGUCGCAGGUGCCGUUGGCCCGUCUGCAGUUCCAACUGUGAGCACGAGGCCCUGGAAUGCAGUGUGCUCAGCCUGGGAUCGUCGGGCCAACCGCCUCGUUCGGAUGCCCGUUCCCUGAACGACUACUUCAGGGGCGAGGCCCUCCUGGUGCUCAAGUGCCUGCUGCUGCAGCGACAGAACCCGGCCAAGUGGGCUGCUCUGCUGGAGAUGCAGUCGCACGAGGAGGAGCGCCGGGGCACCGAGAUGCACGAGGAGGCGGAGAAGCGGGUGGUGAGCUACCUGCAGCAGCGCUUCUUGCGCCGCCUGCAGAAGACCAAGCCCAAUCUGUUGCCCGACUGCGGAUCGGAGUUGCUGCAUCGCCUGUGCGGCAUCGUGGAGACCAACUUUAUGGUCAUCGAGCUGCCGACGGGAGUGGAAAUGAGCGGGCUGUUCCGGCAGGCCUGCAUGAUGGAGCACGCCUGCCAGCCCAAUUGUGAUUUUGUGUUCGAUGCUUUGACUCAGCAACUGGCUGUGCGGGCAGGCUGUAACCUGAAAAAGGGCGACCACUUACGCAUCACCUACACCAACAUUUUGUGGGGCACCCAACUGCGCCAGCAUCAUCUGCGCCUAACGAAGCAUUUCAGCUGCCGUUGCAGUCGCUGUCUGGAUCCCACGGAAUACGGCACGUAUAUCAGUGCACUGGCUUGUCUGGGCGAUGUAAACCAGACCUGCAGUGGCACCCAUCUGCCCGUGGAUCCGUUGGACGAGAACACUCAGUGGAAGUGCGAUACCUGCCCCAUGGUGGUGGAUGGAGCCUACGUAGCCGAGCUGCAGACCCACAUGACCGAGCAGGUGGAUGGCCUCAUGAACGGCUGCCCAUCGGCGAAUCAGGUUGAAUUGCUUCUGGCCCGCCUGUCGCAGAUGCUGCAUCCGAACCACUUUCACACCUUCAACCUUAGGCACACAUUGAUCCAGUUGUACGGCAACGAAGCAGGUUUGGAGCUGGGCGGGCUCAGCGCCGUGCAGCUGGAGCGAAAGCUGCGCCUGUGCGAUGAGCUGUACGACGUCUGCCGGCGACUGGAUCCGCACAGCAUCAAACUCGCCAUUUACGUGACCGUCAUUCUGAUUGAGAUGGCCCACACUCUGGAGGAACAGGCUCGCCGAGCUUCGGUAGAGGGUUCUUCCCUUCUGGAACUGGCACAAGGAAAACUCAAAGAAGCUCAGGUGGUCAUGGAGAAGGAGCAACAAUCGGUGGCGGGCCAGAAGCUGAACGCAAAGCUCCAGAAGGAAGUCUUCGAGUGCGAAAAACAGAUUUUGACUUAUACCUAUAACCAAAAACGGGAUGUCGGUCAAAAGUAA